CCAGCAAUAGCAUGGGAAUGAUCUUCAGUCGGGAUCAAUGCCUGCCAACGAUCCAGAUUUCCCCUGUUAUUUAAUGGCUGCUCCGUUCGCACAUCGACUCAAAGGAGAAGAGGAGACCAGACGAGAUAAACAGGAUGUACUAUCGCAGCAUGCAGCUCCUUCUCAGGGGGGCGAUGGGCGGAGCUGCGCCGGAGUCGCUGGCUGGCUGCGUCGGCCACUACUGCGGCUACUCCACGGCCUCAAACUCCCAAAGGUUGGCCGGAAAAGUGGCCAUUAUCACUGGUGCCGCCAGCGGUAUCGGCAAGGCGACCGCCACGGAGUUCGUCAGGAACGGCGCCAAGGUCAUCCUCGCCGACAUCCAGGAUGACCUCGGCCGCGCCGUCGCCGCAGAGCUCGGGCCGGACGCUGCCUACGCCCGCUGUGACGUCACGGACGAGGCGCAGAUCGCCGCCGCCGUCGACCUCGCGGUGGCGCGCCACGGCCGGCUCGACGUCAUGUACAACCAUGCAGGUAUCACGGGGCCCAUGGCCGUGGACUCCGUCACGUCCCUCGACGUCGCCGACUACGACCGCACCAUGGCCUUCAACGCCCGGUCGGCCGUCGCAGGGAUCAAGCACGCGGCGCGCGUGAUGGUGCCGCGCCAGGCCGGCUGCAUCAUCUGCACCGCGAGCACCGCGGGCGUGAUCGGGGGCGUCAUCGCGCCGCCGUACAGCAUCUCCAAGGCCGCCGUCAUCGGCGCCGUGCGGGCGCUGGCCGGCGAGCUGGGCCGCUACGGCGUGCGCGUGAACGCCAUCUCGCCGCACGCCAUCGCCACGCCAUUCGGGCUGCGCGGGUUGGCGGAGCUGCUCCCAGCGGCGACCGAGGAGGAUCUGAGGCGGAUGGUGAAGGGAAUGAACGAGAUGGGUGGCGGGUCGGUGCUGGAGGUGGAGGACAUCGCCAGGGCGGCAGUGUACCUCGCGUCCGACGAGGCCAAGUACGUGAACGGGCAUAACCUUGUCGUCGACGGAGGGUUCACAGUUUGCAAGCUGACCAAGACGUAGCGAGGAUUUACUCGUGUAUAUGGCAUGACUACUUUGUCAUCGUUGUAGCGAAGAAUGGACACCCAUUGUUUUUUGCUUCUGCAUGUUGAUCGUGCUAGCUUGAAGAUAACAUAUAUCACGACCCCGCA